UUUUCUUACUGAGUGUGACAAAUAAGAAAAACAAGAAGCAAAACUUCAAUUGCAUACAUUUCUUGUGAAAAAAAAAAAGACAAAAAAAGAAGGUUUUCCAAUUGCAUUGUCCUGUUCUCUUCUGGCACAAUGAACCUGAGUCAUAAUAUGCAUCCAGAUGCAUAAUUUGACAUUUAUUUUUCCUUUCUUCUUUCUAUGGCCACGUACGUACGUAAAUAUCCAAGCUUCAUCCACAUUCUUCUCCUUCGCCAACAAAACGACACGCUGUCAGGGUCUCAUAGGUCCUCCCUCCCAUGAUGACCUGGUUGAUAUUGAUCUCUUUCUAUUAAAGUGGAAGAGCUAUCUGAGUGUGUUUGCUCAUCACACUCAUUUGCUUACGACAAGAAAAUCCUUCAAUUCCCCUCAAAGUUUGGUUUUUCUGUGCAUUUUAGUUAUCAAUGGCUGCAGCUUCAACUGAUUCCACACCCUCUGUAAACAAGGCUUGGGUGUACUCAGAAUAUGGAAAGUCUGCAGAUGUUUUGAAACUUGAUCCCAAUGUUCCUGUGCCGGAAAUAAAGGAAGACCAGGUGCUCAUCAAGGUGGUUGCUGCAGCUCUUAACCCAAUUGAUUACAAGAGGAUGUUUGGGUAUAUUAAGGCCACCGACUCUCCUCUACCUACUGUUCCAGGGUAUGAUGUUGCUGGUGUGGUGGUGAAAGUGGGAAGCCAAGUAACAAAGUUUAAGGUGGGGGAUGAAGUAUAUGGGGAUCUCAAUGAGAAAGCUGCGCAGCCAAAAAAAUUUGGGUCUUUGGCAGAGUACACUGCUGCAGAAGAAAGAGUUUUGGCUCUGAAACCCAAAAAUCUGAGUUUUGUUGAGGCUGCUAGCCUUCCCCUGGCCAUUGAGACUGCCUAUGAAGGGCUUGAACGAACUGAAUUUUCUGCUGGUAAAUCCAUUCUUGUUUUAGGAGGCGCUGGGGGGGUGGGCACACAUGUUAUUCAGCUAGCAAAGCAUGUUUUUGGUGCUUCAAAAGUAGCAGCAACUGCAAGCACUAGAAAACUGGAGCUGUUGAGAAGCUUGGGUGCUGAUUUGGCUGUCGACUAUACCAAGGAGAAGUUUGAAGAAUUGCCUGAGAAAUUUGAUGUGGUAUAUGAUACAGUUGGGGAGUCAGAUAGGGCAGUGAAGGCAGUGAAAGAAGGUGGGAAAGUAGUGACAAUAGUAUCAGGUCCAGCAGCACCACCUGCCGUCCAUUUUGUACUGACUUCAACUGGGACUGUAUUGGAGAAGCUGAAGCCAUACUUGGAGGGUGGGAAGGUGAAGCCGGUGCUUGAUCCCACAAGCCCAUAUCCCUUUUCCAAGACUGUUGAAGCAUUUGCCUACCUUGAAACUUCCAGGGCUACAGGGAAGGUUGUUGUGCAUCCCAUCCCAUAAGAAAGAUGAUAGAGAUUGUGCAGGCAGGCAGGCAGGCAAUCAGUCAGUUUGUGAGUUAUGUAUUUGUAAUCUGCUGGUUGUGUAAACUUAAAGUGUUGUAACAUGUAAUAAUGAUGUAAUAAUGGGGAUGUGAGAUGCUUAUAUGUAUUAUAUAUGAAGUUGGGAGUUUUGAUUGAGGGGCUUGGGUGCUGAUCUUGCUAUUGAUUAUACCAAGGACAACUUCAAAGACCUGCCUGAGAAAUUUGAUGUAGUCUAUGAUGCAGUUGGUCAAUUUUUGAACAUUCUUCAUUGCUGUUUCUUUCUCUGCUGAUAUAUCAAAACAAAACACUUCAAUAUGGAUA